GGCGUUUCCCCACGUGCCGCGAGAGCCUGAGGACAGCAUGCUCGGCGGACAUGGGGGGCUCUGUGACUCGCGCCAUCAGGAACUUCAAUUUAGAGAACCGAGCGGAACGGGAAAUCAGCAAACUGAAACCCUCCCUCGCUCCCAAGCAUCCCUCCACCAAGAACCUGUUUCGAGAGGGGAUGAGCCGCCAUUCAGAAAUUAAGGGAGAGAUUGCCAGAAAAGACGACAAGCUUCUUUCAUUAUUAAAAAAUGUUUAUGUUGAUUCCAAAGAUCCUGUGUCUUCUAUUGAGGUGAAAGAUGAUAGAACGCAUCAAGAACCCAAGGAGUUCCGAAUGCCAAAAGGUCCUCAUCCCUUUGAUACCUUGGAUCUUGUGAACAUUCCCAAGGGCAAAGUGUCCAUUGUGGAGGCACUGACACUUCUCAACAACCAUAAACUCCAUCCAGACACGUGGACUGCUGAGAAAAUAGCACAAGAAUACCACCUAGACCUGAAAGAUGUAAUUUCACUUCUCAGAUACUUUGUUACUUUUGAAGUGAAAGUCUUUCAUCCUGAAGACAGGAAGGCCUUACCCCCAGAAUGAAGAAAAUCAUGAAGUUACUCUUCCUGUCUACCCUCCAUCCCCUUUCCUACUUAUUUCUACAUUUUUAGCAUAUUAAUUUAUAUGAAAGGCUGAACAUUUAAAACUCCAGAUAACGCACUGUUUAUUCUUUUCUGCUGACCUCUUAAGAUUUCUGGGAGAAUGUGUUUUUUGUUCUUUUGACUUUAAUGUGAUUUAAGUAUAUGAUUGUAUGUGUCAGCAUGACAAAUCAAUGUAAUAUCCGUAAAUUAUAAGAAAUGUGUUAUUUUAGGCACAUAGCAGCUUUUAAUUUGGUCAUUGUCCCUUGUGGGUGUCGUGAAUCCCUCACCAUCUCACUUUAGUUUAGGUGGCUAGUAAAAGCAGAGGAACUUGACUGUUAAGUCCGUUCUUUUUUUAAUCAUUUUGUUGGGUGCUCUUACAUCUCUUAUAACAAUGCAAUACAUCCAUUGUGUUAAGCAGGACCUUUCUAGAGAGAAGUACAUCUAACUGUAAGGUAGAAUAAUAGUACUUUCUAAAUUAAGGCAGUUGGGAUAACAAUGGAAAAAGUUUUGAUAACUACUUCAAAAAUACAUAGAAGGUUUCUUUGGGAUUAGCUUUAAGCAUGGAUUAACAAUCUUCAAAAUUAGAAGAAAUAAAAUGAAAAGCAAAAAUUUA